AUGGCUACGUUUUCACCACCUUCAGAAUUUAAGUUCGACAGACCAGCAGAAUGGCCAGCUUGGAGAGAUAGAUUCAUAACAUUCCGCCAAGCUUCAAAACUCCACAAAGAGGAUGAGGUAACACAAGUUGCUCAAUUAUUAUACACUAUGGGGCCACAAGCAAAUAUUAUUUACAAAUCGUUUCAAUUUGCUGAACCUGUAGAGCCUGUUGAGGGUGCGGACGCAGCACAGCCUCAGGGUGAUUUACGCACAUAUGAUAAUGUUUUGAAGCACUUUAACGACUACUUCAUACCCAAGGGACAAUCCAAGAAACCUACUCCUGAAAAUAAUGUAGACCGUCUCAGCUAUGGCAGCCGUAGGAGCAGAGCCAAGCCAAGGUCCAAACAGAAACAGUCAACAAACAAUGAUGACAAAUCAAGUUCAUCAAAGAAAUAUUCCAGAUGCGGCUACAAUCAUUAUGAUGGAAAAUCUUGCCCAGCACAAGGCAAAAUCUGUAAUAAGUGCAAAAAGAAAAAUCAUUUUUCUUCAGUGUGUAAAGCAAAAGCAGCCAUGUUCAAGGUGUCAGUGUUGAAGCUUACGAUGUAGAUCAGUCUGAGCAUGAUGAUUCUUCUGAAUUUUUCAUUGGAGAAAUAUCUGAUAAUUCACAUAUGCAAAGUCAUGAGCCUCCUUGGCGUGUUCAACAUCCAAUACAUGAUCGUAAGCUAAGUAUCGAUAAUUCAUACAAAUCUUCAUUUUAUAUGAAUUAUCGAUACUUUUUUCUCUCUCAUUAUGCAAUUUUCAGGGUGCUUAGAAACUCGGUAUUUUAA